CAAUCACCGCCCCUCUACUCGCGAUCGCGAGAACGAGAUCGACACAACACACCAGCAUCGCAUUCGCAUCAGGUGGUUGGUGGUGGCCGCGUCGAUCGGCCGCUGGCUCCCAAUCCCCAUGGUCGGCCCCAAGCCCAAGGCCAACCGGAUGUGCAAAUCCAAGAGCGCCGUCGCCACCAUCGCCUCCACCUCCUCCUCUACCACGGCCGCCGCCGCCGCCGCCGCCGCCACCCCGACGAACCACCGCUCGCCGCGCGCGACCGCCACCAGCUCCUACCCUGGCGCCAACUCCUACUCCACCUCCUACUCCACCGACUCCUCCUCCGCGGCCUCCCUCGCCGCGCUUCGCGAUUCCCUCUCGGAGCUGCCGCUCCUCUUCACCUUCAACGACCUCGCCGCCGCCACCGCCAAAUUCUCCGCCUCGCACCGCCUCGUCCCCGCCGCGCCCUCCUCCUCGAAUUCCUUCCGCUGCUCGCUCCGGGGCCACCCAGCCGCGGUCUUCCGCCGCCCGCUCCGCCGCGACGCGCGCGAGGUCACCACGCGCCUCGCUGUCCUCGGCCACUGCCACCACGCCGCCAUCGCGCGCCUCCUCGGCGCCGCCGCGUCGCCCGACCGCCCCACGCUCUUCCUCGCCUACGAGCUCGUCCCCGAUGCCGCCCCGCUCUCCGCGCUGCUCCGGAACCCCAAGAACCCGUCCUUCACCCCGCUCGCCACCUGGCACUCGCGCCUCCAGCUCGCCGCCGACGUCUGCGACGCGCUCUACUACGUCCACCUCCAGGCGGACACCAUCCACAACCGCCUCUCGGCGUCCUCCGUCCUCGUCUGCGGCGACGGGCCCCUCCCCCGCGCCAAGAUCGCCCAUUUCGGCGCCGCCGACCUCGCCGGCGAGCUCCCGGUCGAAGAGUCUAGGGGCAACAGCAGCAGCUCCGGGGCGCACCGCCACCGCAGCAGGCGCAUCGAGGGCAAGCGCGGGUACAUGGCGCCGGAGCUCGUGGCGGGCGGCCCGCCGUCGCGGCGCUCCGACGUGUUCGCGCUGGGCGUGGUGCUGCUGGAGCUGGUGUCCGGGCAGGAGCCGGUGCGGUACGAGAUGGUGAACCGGGGGGGCACGGGCGAGUACGAGAGGACGUCGCUGAUCGAGACCGCGGAGGCCGCGGCGGCGGAGGGCGGCGGGGAGGGGGUGCGCCGGUGGGUGGACCGCAGGCUGAGGGACUCGUUCCCCGUGGACGCGGCGGAGUCGCUCACCGCGCUGGCGCUGCGGUGCGUGGCCAAGGAUCCCCUGGCGCGCCCGGACAUGUCGUGGGUGGCCGGCAAGGUGUCCAAGCUGUUCCUCGAGGCGCAGGAGUGGGCGGCCAGGUUCCGUGUCCCCACCGACAUCUCCAUCUCCAUCGCCCCCAGGUGAGGUGGUGGUGGUGGUGGUUCCCGACGCCGGCGACGGCUGCCAGAUUUUGCUCAUCUUGCCAUGAUUGAUUAGCGGGUGCUAGAGUUGAGAUACUACUGAUAGAAAGAUGGCAGUGUGCUGUAGAGGUGUUCCGACCACCGCUGAGCAAGAACUCGAAUUGAUUGAUUGUUAAUCUGGGAGGAGUUUAGGGUUUACAUAAUACUCCACUACAGUAGAUUCUAGUGCUUUGUUUUUUUCCUCUUGUUCUUAUUGUUGAUGUACAGAGGAGUGACAUACAGACAUACUAGUAAGUAUUCAGACACCAUAAAAAAAGUAGGUAUUCAAACAGAGAUUCUGCAGCUUUGGCUGGCAAAAAUCUUGUGCAAUUAGGCAGGCUAUGAUUAGGCAGAUGUACACUUGUUACCGAUGGAAGAAGAAAUCCUUCCGGGAGAUGGUACAACUUUGUCAAUGCUGCGUGUAUGCAUGAAUUAAUUGGUUUGGUCA